GUCGCUGCAGACCCCGCCAGCCCAGCUGCGACUGGUUCCGCCGCCCCGGGAAGGAGGGGCAGAAGCUCUCGCGGGCCGCACCCCUGAGUUCCUCUGCACUGCUUGUCCCUGUUUCGGUUUCCCUAAGUUUUCUCACGCUCAGGAACCGACUACUCCAAGUGGCGACAGCGCAGCAGCGGCAACAGCAUCUGCGAUGGAAGUGGUACCUUCCUGGGGCCCUGUUGUUGGCUUCACGCUCUUGCCCCAUGUAGGAAGCAUUUGGGGAAGUAGGAUUACCAGGAAAGAAAUUCCCACAUGGUAUGACUCCCUGGAGAAGCCGGCUUGGCACCCAUCGUACAGGGUGUUUGCACCUGUGUGGGGAACUUUAUAUUCAACAAUGGGAUAUGGUUCUUACCUGGUGUGGAAGGAAUUGGGAGGCUUCAAUGACAAAUCCAUGGUUCCACUUGGACUAUAUGCAGGACAAUUAGCACUAAAUUGGUCAUGGACUCCCAUAUUCUUUGGAAAACACAAAUUAGGAUGGGGGCUGGUCACUUUAUUACUUACCACAGGAGCAGCAACAGCUACAACAACAGUCUGGUAUCACGUCAACAAAACAGCAGCAUAUUUGAUGUAUCCUUAUUUAGCCUGGCUAGCCUUUGCAUCUGUGCUCAACUAUCGUGUCUGGAAAGACAAUUGCAGUAAAAAGCACCAAUAGCGUGUACGUAUUUUUCUAAAGCAAAACUUGGUAAAAAACAUUUUUUUUAAAAAAAAAAAAGAAGAAAAUAUGUAUUUUCUAAGUUAUACUACAAUUCCACUAUUCUAUUACUUAAAACCAUUUGCGGUCUCAGACAAUUAUAAAAGAUCAUGUUCAUGUUACCAUGCAAAUAGAAAUGUACUACUUUAAAUGGAAAUAAAAUUAAAUAAAUCUAA